AUGACAGAAACCAUUGAAGCUGAUGUUUCUUUUUCUCACUCUCUUUCCCUUUCACGGCUUUCUUCCUCUCCUCUCACCCAGAACUUCAAGCUUCCACUUAAAAAUCACCCAGAACUUCAAGCUUCAAUCUUCCUCUUCUCAAGAUUCUUUUCUCUUCUUAGGAUCAUGGAUCAAAAGAAUUCAGCUUCAUCUUCAGAUGGUGCAGAUGAGGAAUUUUGGGAUCUUGCCAAUUCAUCAUCAGACGAAGACUUGAUGAAUCUGCAGAUUGAAGCUCUACAAGAGAAGGGGAGAAGAAGACGCCGGGGCUCAAUUCCUGGUCACAAGCUGAAUCUGAAGAUGGGGAUCAUCCCAUCCUUGAAUGUGGCAGCCGGUCUGCUCGGGUUCUUCUUCGUCAAGUCCUGGAUCGAGUUCUUGGCCCAAUUUGGGUUUCAGGUGAAGCCCUUCACCAGGCAAGAGAACACUGUCAUCCAAACUUGCGUCGUCGCUUGCUAUAGCCUCGCCUUUAGCUGGGGAUUCGGUUCGUAUUUGGUUGCAAUGGAUGAGAGAACAUAUAAACUCAUCGGGGAGGAUUACCCUGGUAACAGGGCAGAAGAUGUUAUUAAUCCGAGCUUGUGGUGGAUGACUGGUUUCCUCGUUGUUGUCAGCUUCCUUGGACUUUUUAGUCUUGUUCCGCUUCGCAAGGUUAUGGUUAUGGAUUACAAACUUACAUACCCCAGUGGGACUGCCACAACAAUGUUGAUCAAUAGCUUUCACACUAAAAGUGGUGCAGAGCUUGCCGGGAAGCAAGUGCAAUGUCUUGAAAAGUAUCUAAGCAUGAGUUUAAUUUGAAGCUGCUUUAAGUGGUUCUUCAGUGGUAUUGGAGAUUCAUAUGGGUUUGACAACUUUCCUAGCCUUGAAUUGACACUUUUUAAGAACACUUUUAUGGUGAAGUUUGGUUCCUUCAUUUUGUUGUGAGCAGCUGUUUGGUUGUUAACAGUCCGAUUAGGUGAGAAAUUACUCAAAU